GAAAGUCACUUCUCUGUGGGGACAGAAUGGAGAGCACCUUGCUCUGUUUGCUACUAGUGCUGAGUACACACAUCUACUCUGGACACUCUGAAGAUGAUGAUGGACAGGCAAAGGCUGAUCUGACCAUACACCCCAAAUCCUCACAGAUAUUCAGUGGAGAGUCAGUUACUCUCAGAUGUAACAUACAGAGAGGAGAAGUCACUGACUGGAAAUACACAUGGCGCAAGGAUGUUGUAGACUUCCUCAGUAAGAAGCAUGAAUAUGAGAUCAGUGAGGUUAAGAUGUCAGACAGUGGUGACUACAGGUGUCUCGGUCUACAUAUUGAACAUAAGAAGUAUUCUGAGUGGAGUGAUGCAGUCAGACUGACGGUGACAGCUCUGCCUACUGCCUCAGUGAAAGCCUCUCCACAGGGUCCCGUCUAUUCUGGAGAGACAGUCACUCUGCAGUGUGACAUAUCAGACUACAGAGACUGGACGUACCGCUGGAACAGAGACAACAAACUGCUUCCCAGUCCGCCCAGUGAAACCAUCACCUUCUCUCUCUUUGACCAAGCUGGUCAGUUCCAGUGUGAGGGGACAAGGACAAGACGGCCCCAGAGGACGUAUCUCAGCCCAUCUCUCACCAUCAUUGUUGCUGCCCUGCCCAAAGCAACACUGACCAUAAAUCCAAACCCUGUGUACACCGGAGAGACAGUAACUCUGACGUGUUCAGUGGGGUAUGACAAUACCUGGAGCUAUACAUGGUACAAAGACAACACUAAGAAAGUAGUGCCCCAGUCUGACAGACACACUAUAACAGGAGCCACUUUCACCAUCAGUAGCCCUGCUGUGUCUGACCAGAGCCGCUACUGGUGUCAGGGAGAGAUCCAGUCCAGAACCAUAUCAUCAAUCAUGAGUGAUCCUGUCAAUAUCACUGUGAUUGAUAGACCUGUGGCUGUUCUGACCCUCCAACCCAACUGGCCUCAGAUAUUCAGUGGAGAGACUGUCACACUCAGAUGUGACAUACAGGGAGGAAAAGGGAUUGAGUAUGCUUUUUAUAACAGUGGGAAGUCGUUCUACUCGAAUACAGAGCCUGAGUACAGAAUCAGUCCUGCAAAGAAUGGUCUAUAUACCUGUGAAGGUCUUCAGAAAAUCAAUGGCUUAAAACACUCCGAGACAAGUAAUGCUAUACAAUUGAACGUGUUAGAUAAACCCCAAGCUGUCCUGAGUGUCUCUCCUCAGUGGCUGAACCCUGGAGACUCAGUUACUCUGAGCUGUGGGGUUAAAGAGUCAUCUAUAGGCUGGAGGUUCUUCUGGUACCGAAUUGUUCCCUACAGAGCUGGGUUACUCUCCCUAUUGGACAGAUCCUACUCUGUAGAGCCUCUAUCUGGCAAUGGGACUACUGAAGACUCCUACACUCUGAUCCCUGCUGGUCCUAAUCACACAGGAAGAUAUGUGUGUAGAGCUGGGAGAGGAGACCCAGUCUAUGACACACUCUACAGUGAACCUCAGUUUCUCUGGUCAGGAGACCUGCAUCCUUCAGUGUCUCUCAGAACAAGACCCAACAGAACUCAACACUUUACAUCAAAGUCUCUCUCACUAAGCUGUGAGGAGAAGGGGAACUCUACUGGAUGGAGACUGAAGAGAUACAGAGAGAGAGGAGUGGAGUCAGGGUGUGGCUCUAACUGGGGAUCAAUAGCAGGGUCCACAUGUACCAUCAGGUCCACACUUGAAAAGGACAGUGGAGUGUACUGGUGUGAGUCUGCAUCAGGAGAGUACAGUAAUGCUGUCAACAUCACAGUGGAUGCUGGUGCUGUGAUCCUGGAAAACCCUGCCUAUCCCAUGACUGAGGGAGACUCUGUGACUCUGCGCUGUACAAAUAGAUAUCAGGAAACAAACCCAAACCCCAAGGUUGUUUUCUACAAAGAUGGAGUACUUAUUAGGAAUGAGACCACAGGAGAGAUGACCAUCCCUGCAGUAUCCAAGUCAGAUGAAGGCUUCUAUAAGUGUAAAUCUACUGAAGGAGAAUCACCAGAGAGCUGGGUGACAGUGAGAGGCAUAACUCCUGGACCCUCUACAUCAGUCCUAGUAGUAGUGGUUGUGGGCCUGGUUGUUGCUGGUGUUCUACUGGCCAUUCUCCUGGUACUGCUGUGUCGAUAUAAAAACGCCAAAGGUUCCUGUUGUAACAGGAUAUUCUCGCCCCCCCAGCCACACAGCACCAACCUGGACCCCAAACAGGACCAAGGAUCUACCCAGGGCCAGGCUCCUGAUGCUGGGUAUACACGUCCGCAGCUUGAUGCUGCUGCUGCUACUGCUGGACCAAGUGAUGUGAUGUACGCCCAGAUUCAACUCAAAAAGUUGGACAAGAAAAAGAAAAAAAAGCCAGCUGUUCCAAAAGAAAAUCCAGUCUAUUCUGAGGUCAAGACAGGGAAGGCCACAGCAGCAACUGGACAUGCUGAGGUUGACCUUAAACAGAAGGCCAAAGCCAAGAAGAAGAAAGAAACAGAAACCCCACCUGAGGCAGAUUCGGUCUAUUCUCAAGUGAAGCCAGUCACAGCCCCAGGACCUUGAGGGGGGCAGGGAUGGAGUAAUGGAGGGAUGGAGGGAUUGAGG